CCUUAACGUUUUCUUCUUUUCGUGUUGCUAUGCUAUCAAGAAUGUACCAAUUUGGCCCACACACAAUCACUGAAUCCCAAGUGUUCUUCAAAUCCAAAUAUAGUCUUGGCUUAGUGAAUUUGAAGCCCAUUACACCUGGCCAUGUGCUUGUAAUAUCCCGUCGAGUUGUACCUCGGCUUAGAGAUCUGAAUACAGAAGAGGCAACGGAUAUGAUGCUAAGCGCACAAAAGAUUGGCAACGUAGUCGAAAAGCAAUACCAGUGUACUUCACUUACAAAUGUCAUUCAGGACGGUCCUCAAGCUGGCCAAACGGUCCCACAUGUGCAUAUGCAUGUAAUACCGCGUAAAGUGGGUGACUGGGCGAACAAUGAUGAUAUUUAUGAUGAGCUUGCAGAAAAAAACAAAAUCCGGGUCGAUAACGAAGAGCGUAUGCCGCGUAGUGAGCAGGAAAUGAAACAAGAGGCCGACAUGCUUCGCCCAUUCUUUGAGGACAACAAUACUUAACAGAUUAAAGAUAAUUCUAUAUAUGCGGUUUUGACUUAUUGAGAUUCUCUUUUAACAAACGUGGAUGAUGAUGAGGUAGGCAAUGACGGUUGUGUUGUUGCUGUAUUGGAUGCUAAUGGUGGAUGAGAUAUCUCUUGAGAUUGGGGCGGCCGUGUCGGGUUU